UUUUUCGUUAAAUUUGUAACAGCCGUGAACUAAACAUCAGUCGUUUAAAGCUUUUCGACACGACAGUGUGUACGCUUCGGAAGAUAUUGACAAUAAACAAAAUAUUCCACAUCAACGCAUAAAAAUUCUAUAAAAAGAUGGCCGAUGAUUCAGUACCUGUUCUUGGUGGCUCUAGGCCCGUAUCCAAUUUCGAAGAAAUCGAGAAAACCUUAAACAAUUCUUUGUCUAAAUUGGCAGCUGGUGAUGGUCCCAACUACAAAUUGGUGAAAAUUUAUUCGGGUGAAGUUCAAGUGGUUUCGGGCUUAUCAACCCGAAUCGAAGCAGAUCUAAUGGAUGAAAACGGCACAACUAAGAGAUUUAAAGUUUGCAUUUGGUCCCAACCCUGGCUGAAAAAUGGCGUACAAGUUACGUUUGAGUGUGACGGUGAACCGACGGUGGUCAAAAGUCAUGAUCCCUGAGAGGGAAAUUUGAGAUCAUAAAUAUUUUAUUAUAUUAUUUCUUUU